AUGCAUGUUUAUGAGAUGAAUAGUACUAAUAAAUAGCACUCAAAGACAAAAGAAAUUGCUGUUAGAUGCGAUUAUUGGGGAUGUCAUAACUAUUUCUUUUAAUAAUAUAUCAAGUCGAAAUGCCUGCUUGUGAAUAAGAAUGGAUAUAAUGUUAAUUAGAUAAGGAAGAACCAAAAUAGUGAUUUUAUAACAUUAUGA